AUGAAAUUGCUAUUAGGUUUAGCAGUUAUGCUUGGAUGGUCAUUCAUAGUUUCAGGAAGGAGUAAGAAUCUUCCUGGCAGCUCUUCAUGCAAUCCUAAAGUUUCAAACAUUGCUCUUGAUGAUAUCAAGAUUUCUGUCAUAUGCAAUCGAAUCUCAAUAUCAUGGACGUCACGUACAUCGAAUAAUUCUAAAUGUUUACCUAUCAGACGCUUGCACUACGCUGUUAAAUAUAAAUAUUGGUCAUUUACUGCAAGUAUCUCCUCUUCUCUGGCUUGCUAUAACACGAAUGAAACAAAGUGUACGAUAGAAUUACCAAGAAAUCUGAAUAGCCCAGUUUUUGACUAUCGGAUAAUGCUACUUUCUGAAAAUAAAAUGAUAUCUUUAUCCGAUCAAUACACGAUAUUACCUUAUAAGCGCUUUCAGCCGGAAACUCCACUUUGUCAAAGUUUCGUUGACUAUAGGAGAAAAGCUAUCCAAUUUACUUGCCAGAAAAGGAAAUCAUGCUAUUACUUAAUCGAUUAUACCUAUAACUUUUACCUGAUGGUGAAUAAUGAGGUCAAAUUAUUACAGAAGAAUGUUCAUAGUGGAAGCAUUCAAUGUCAUCUCAACCCCUUUUCUAAGAAUCAAAAGUACUUUUGGUUUGCCAAUGCAGAGUCAGAGUAUAAUAUUAAAAGUGCAAAUACGAGUAAGUUUAAUUUUAGUAUUCAGCCAGUUCAAGCAAGUCUAAAUUCAAACAAGCCUACGAUGAGUUUAUCUUCAAUAUCAAUCCCUAAAAGUAGCCCUUCGUCUACAAAAAUUGACAAUGCAGACAAUAAUGAUGCUACAACGUUAUCGACAACUACUUGGAUAACUCAUCAAGUUCAUGGAGAUACUACUACAUCGAUUAUUGACCGUAAUUUCCAAAAUCCUACUAGUAUGGCUAUACAGAAUACUGCAACUUUAACCCCUACAGCUCCUUCACCCUCCUCAACUUAUUUGAAGGAUAAUAAAAUAGUAGAUACAUGGAAGCUUACACCAAAAUCUACGGUGAAAGUUAACGAAGGACUAGCAACUACUCCUAUAACUAAAGAGAACUUAUUUACUUCUGAUGAAUCAACUGUUACUCAGCUAUUGCUUUCUUCUGGCUCGACAGAACCGCAGCAUUCUAUAUCAAUCCUAAUACCAUAUAUAUUGGUAGCCAUCACUGCAAUCAUUAUUGCAGUCUUGGUCAUUAUAAGCUACUUCAAAUGGUUACAUAAGAAGAAGGCAAAACCUAAACCUACUGUCUCAUCAAGUAAUGAAAUAAAUUAUACAUUAACUCAAGUCACCGUAGAUGAUCCAGAAUCAGCAUACGCUGAGAUAGGGAUGUUGUUAAGAGAAGUUUCCAGUACUUCUAACAAUCCCGACAAUAAUUCAGAAAACAGCGAUCAAAUCGAAGGUAUCAAUUCCAGUAGGAGUAGUCCUCGUACACCGAAUCGAUAUUCUAUAAAUCGUAGUGCUCGAAAUGUUUCAACAUGGAGCGAAUUGCAAAAUAAUAUUCAAACUAGUCUACCUACCAUCCAUCAAAAUAAUACUACAAACCCACCUCUUAAAAUGGUUAUCAAGUCCAAUAGAAACACCAGUGUUUGCAGUCAUAUAGAAGAAAUAGUUACAGGACACAAAUCAAGCAUAGAUCAUAAUGACCAUUCAUUCCCAGAAACUAGUACUCAAGAAGAUCUGAGCAAAGGGAAUCAAUUAGCAGCAUCAUUACCUAAUGAUCAUGAUCAACCGGAGCAAAACGUAGAGGAACAAAUCAGCGCUAUUAAGGAAACUGUAACUUAUUCAUCUUUCUGUUGGUCGCUUGGAAGAGCUGAUUCUGAAAUAGUGAGUAACGAAUGGGACAACGUAGAUGAAGAAUUGAAAUCUAGCAAUUCGAGCGUAGACGAAGAAUCGGUUGAAAAUUACACUUCAUCAAUAAAGUCAGAAGAUACAAUAAUAAAGAAUCAAUUGAAAGAAACGUUACGUGAAAAAUCUCCUCAAUCAGAAGUAAACGUAAAAGAAAUCACCGCCAAAAAUAUGGAAAUGAAUGGCUUAUUUGUUGACGCUAAUCUUCAUCCUUCUUUGACUUGGUCUUGUAGCAGAGAUAUGGAACCGAUCAGUAAGGAAAUUACCAUUACAACGCAUCCUAUUCUAUGUGCUUAA